AUGCGAAUCAAACGCAUCAUCUUAGUGAGCGCUGUGUCGCCUCGGCAACGAAUACCACACGAAGCACUUAGAAACGGGCGGGAAGGCGUCUCGCAGGGGGACGCCGAGCGGACAGACAGCAUCCUCCAUGUCAUCACCAAGUACACCAUUUGGAAUUUUGUCCCCAAGAAUCUCUUUGAGCAGUUCAGGAGAAUAGCCAACUUCUAUUUUAUCAUUAUCUUCCUUGUACAGUUGAUGAUAGAUACUCCAACUUCCCCAGUCACCAGUGGGCUGCCUCUUUUCUUUGUGAUCACAGUAACGGCCAUAAAACAGGGCUAUGAGGACUGGCUGAGACACAAGGCGGACAACGAGGUGAAUGGUGCUCCAGUGUUUGUGGUUCGCAGUGGAAGUCUGGUCCAAACAAGAUCUAAAAACAUCAGGGUCGGGGACAUUGUUCGUGUGGCGAAAGAUGAAACGUUUCCCGCUGACCUGGUGCUGCUGUCGUCGGAUCGUGCAGACGGCACCUGUCACAUCACCACAGCCAGCCUGGAUGGAGAGACCAACCUCAAGACCCACUACUCUGUGGCAGAGACAGCAGUGUGCCAGUCAGUGUCCCGGCUGGAGUCUCUGCAGGCCGUGGUGGAGUGUCAACAGCCAGAAGCUGACCUGUACAGGUUUGUUGGUCGGAUUACGGUGACUCAGCAGGGGGAGGAGAUUGUCAGACCUCUUGGUCCGGAGAAUUUGCUGCUGCGAGGGGCCAGGUUGAAAAAUACCAAAGAGAUUUUUGGUGUGGCCGUUUACACAGGGAUGGAGUCCAAGAUGGCCCUGAACUAUAAGUGCAAGUCCCAGAAGCGCUCUGCAGUGGAGAAGUCCAUGAAUACCUUCCUGAUCAUCUACCUGGGCAUCCUGCUGUUCGAGGCGGUCCUCAGCACCAUCCUGAAGUAUGCCUGGCAGGCCGAGGACAAGUGGGACGAGCCCUUCUACAACCAAAAGACUGAACAAGAGAGAAACAGCAGUCCGAUCUUGAAGUUCAUCUCGGACUUCUUGGCAUUUCUGGUCCUCUACAACUUCAUCAUCCCCAUCUCACUCUACGUCACCGUGGAGAUGCAGAAGUUCCUGGGCUCCUUUUUCAUUUGCUGGGAUUUGGACCUUUACCACGAGGAAAGCGACCAGAAAGCUCAGGUCAACACCUCCGACCUCAACGAGGAGCUGGGGCAGGUGGAAUAUGUUUUCACUGAUAAGACGGGAACGCUAACAGAAAACGAGAUGCAGUUCCGCGAGUGUUCAAUUAAUGGAACAAAGUACCGGGAGGUUAAUGGCAAAUUGGUUCCAGAGGGAAUGAGUGACGAUUCACCAGACAGUUCUAUACCUCAGCUGAUCGGGGAGGAAUUGUUAUUUCUCAAGGCGGUGUCAUUGUGUCACACAGUUCAGAUCAGCUACGACCAACCCGACUGCCUGGUUGGAGGAGACCCGUUCUCCCACGCAAACGGUUUCUCUUCUAAUCACAUGGAAUACUAUGCCUCUUCACCAGACGAGAAAGCUUUAGUCGAGGCAGCGAAGAGGAUCGGAGUGGCCUUCAGUGGCAGCAGCGGAGACACGUUGGAAAUCAAAACAUUUGGCAAGUCAGAGAAGUACAAACUGCUCCAUGUACUAGAGUUUGAUGCCGACCGCAGGAGGAUGAGCGUCAUACUCCAGACUCCCUCAGGAGGUCAAGUGCUGUUUACCAAGGGAGCGGAGUCCGCCAUCUUGCCCUUCAGCACCGGGGGUGAGAUCGAGAAGACGAGACUGCACGUGGAUGAGUUUGCACUGAAAGGUUUGCGGACCCUGGUGGUCGCAUGUCGUCACUUCAGCCCAGAGGAGUACAUCGAUGUGGACAGGCGACUGAACAGUGCCCGCACUGCGCUGCAGCAGAGGGAGGAGAGACUUCAGGAGGCCUUCAGCUACAUCGAGAGAGACCUGCAGCUCCUGGGAGCAACAGGGGUGGAGGACAAACUCCAAGACAAAGUCCAGGAGACCAUUGAGGCUUUGCGGCUGGCAGGGAUCAAAGUAUGGGUGCUGACGGGGGACAAGCACGAAACAGCGGUCAGCGUCAGCCUGUCCUGUGGUCACUUUCACCGGACCAUGAACAUCCUGGAGCUUCUGCAGCAGCGCUCAGACAACGAGUGUGCCGAGCAGCUCCGCAGACUGGCCAGGAGGAUAAAGGAGGACCAUGUCAUACAGCACGGGCUGGUCGUGGAUGGAGCCAGUCUCUCUUUAGCAUUGAGGGAGCACGAGAAGCUCUUCAUGGAAGUGUGUAAAAACUGUUCGGCUGUGUUGUGCUGCCGCAUGGCCCCGCUGCAGAAAGCAAAGGUGGUACGUCUUUUAAAAACAUCUCCAGAGAAACCCAUCACCUUAGCUAUUGGGGAUGGAGCCAAUGAUGUCAGUAUGAUACAGGAAGCCCACGUGGGCAUAGGUAUCAUGGGGAAGGAGGGUCGUCAGGCCGUGAGAAACAGUGACUAUGCAAUUGCCAGGUUUAGGUUCCUGGCGAAACUCCUGCUGGUCCACGGUCACUUCUACUACAUUCGAAUAGCUACGCUUGUACAGUACUUUUUCUACAAGAAUGUGUGUUUUAUUACACCCCAGUUUUUAUACCAGUUCUUCUGCUUGUUUUCACAACAAACUCUGUACGACAGCGUUUAUCUGACACUCUACAACAUCUGCUUCACCUCGCUGCCCAUUCUGGUGUACAGUCUGUUUGAGCAGCUGGUCCAUCCACACGUCCUGCAGACUAAACCCGCUCUGUACAGGGACAUCAGCAAAAACGCUCUCCUGUCUUUUCGGACAUUCCUGUACUGGACCUUGUUGGGCUUCUGUCACGCCUUUGUCUUCUUCUUUGGAUCGUACAUACUGAUGGGAGAAGAUACCACGCUUAUGGGCAAUGGACAGAUGUUCGGUAACUGGACAUUUGGAACGCUGGUCUUCACGGUCAUGGUCAUCACCGUCACGUUAAAGCUUGCUAUAGAGACUCAUUUCUGGACGUGGAUGAACCAUUUUGUGACCUGGGGUUCGAUUGCCUUCUACUUCAUCUUCUCUCUCUUCUACGGAGGCAUCAUCUGGCCGUUCCUCCACACCCAGGACAUGUACUUUGUAUUCGUGCAGCUGCUCUCCAGCGGUUCCGCCUGGUUCGCCAUCAUCAUCAUUGUCAUCACUUGCCUCUUCCCUGACGUGGUGAAGAAGGUGUUUUACAGACACCUGAAGCCCACCAGCACGCAGAAGAGUCAGUCUCUAUCAGCCCCCGCGCAGACCCUCAGCUGUGUGGAGUCCCUGUGCUGCUACCAACAUGGGCAGAGCGGCUGUUCCCGCCUGGUCUGCUUCCUGGAGCAAAUGACAGGGCAGUGCCCGGCCGGUGACAACCAUUGCCCGGCAUCCAGCUGCAACAACAGGUCUUGGGGCGACACGGAGAACUUCUACUCUAACGAUCGCAGCAUCCUGACGCUGUCGCCCAUCGAGGCCACCCACUGCUGACUCCCAGGGGCCACUGACCGUAACGCACAGAGCCGGGGGACACUUUCCUUUGAGUCUUGACCACUCCCCCUGCCGCCAUUUUAAUCAACACACUCCAAUAAAAAACUCACUUCAGCGAGUUGCAAAGCGAACUUGACACAGGAGCUGUUGCAUCGUUUGAAACCAAAGGACGUUUCCUGAUUUAUUUCUUCCUUCUUGGUAGAGACGUUGAAAGCGACGUUGAAAGACGAGACGGCGUCUGAACAGCAACGAUGAUCAGACUCUCUGCUGCUGAGAGAAACUGAGUCCUGCAGAAAAAUCUGAAAGCUUCAGACUCGAUGCGUUGAGUUUUGUAUUUAACGGGUGAACUCUCUGCAGAUAAUUUUCCUGCAGGUUCCAAACUUGUUUUGGUUGAAACUGAAGUGAUCCAGUGAGACGUAGCUGUGGACACAGGAUGGAGACUCCUGACCUGGACUGUACCAUAUGACCCAGCUGGUUUGUUGGCAUCGACCAUCGACCAUCGUCACUGAGGCGCUUUAACACAAACCAGGAUCACACAUGUAGCAACCACAACCAGACGACGUGAAGAACCUCCUCGGGGUCGUCGGCUGGCAGCAGAAGUCAUGUAAUAGAAACUUUUUGAGCUUUUGUGGAAACCGCUGCACUCCCCCCCCCCUCCCCCGCAGCCCUGUAGCAUCCAGAGCUUUUUGCCGACGCAGCGACUCUCCUCACUUUCAGACCGCCGGGAUUCUCUCGAUACUGUGGGAGGAGCUUCCCCUCUACUGUGGAACCAAAGAACGAAGGAUUCUGGAGUUUGUCAGAGAAAACGUGUAUUUUUGUGCCUGAUUGUACAGAAGCUUCCGUUGUUGUUCCGAAGACGAUUAUUAUUGUUCGUGCUGCUUCCUCGUCCGGACUGUUCAGGCCUCCGUCUCCCCGGGGCGCCUGUUUAAUAAAAAAGAAGAAGAAAAAAGCCAUACCUUUUCAAGAAGGGGAUUCUCUGAGUACUGAAGGUGCUGCAGACAGCAGCUGUGGUGACUGUGUUCCCCUGAACGCCUUUUCUCACUCUGCCUGGUUAGAAAGCAUCUCAGCAUUUAAACUCAUGACGUCGGGUUCGAAAAGCAAAAAUUGACCCAAUCUGUUUUGAGAACAAUCUGCGCAGACCGAACUCGAGGUACCAUCACCUCCUUCAGUCGCCUGGAAAUCUGCCCCGAGGCCCCGACGGGAUAAUGGUUCCGUUUGGAUUCCGGUGAGACGAAAAUGUCUUUAAUGGCGAGAUGCUUUUUCCAAACCAGGGCGGAUGCACGUUGACCCGGACAGCAGAAUGUGUCUCUCUUCACAGAGUAGAUUUAUCAGAUUAAUGACUCGGCAGGAGGUGAACAGGAAAGCAGAGCGUUUGCACAAGUCUCAUAUCAACUCACUUCUCCAAUCAUUGCUCAGCCGUCACCAUUCAAACCAUCCCUGUCAUGUUUCUGCUUUUAUGUUCUCGUCAUGUGCGUCUCUUGUUGAUGAAGUGUGUGUGUGUGUGUGAGUGUGUGUGUGUGUGUGUGUGUCUGUGUAUGGCAGCCAUGUUGGUUGAAGGACGUGUGGUACGCAGCUUUGUUCUCUCGUUUCUUCCUUUGACGAGAAGUCGACUCCAGAAGGCAACAGAAGCGUGAUUUGAUAUCGAAACCUCACGAGACAACCGUUUUAAACUUGACGAGAAUCGUGAAGUUGCCUCAGCUCGCACAGCGAACACACGCAGUCGUAGGAUGUCUCUGUUUCGCUGCGGACGAUGUUUGGAGAAGAAGUUUUGUCCGAUUCUAAACGGGACUCGUUCGUGUUCUUCGUCGAUUCAUCGAAUCCUCUGGACGUUUAUUUUCAGUUGAUUUCUUGUCCGUUCACACAUGACAAGGAAAGUGUCUUAUUUAUUAUUGCAGUACUUUAUUCCUCUGUUUGUGUUGAACCCUUCUCACAUAUCAAUAUAUCAGCCACUCCCCGAGACGUUUGACCUCUGACCCUGGAUCUGUGAUCGGGAGGCUGAACCCCGUCUACGCUCUGAACCAGGAAGUUAAAGUUACAGUUCGUAAGUUACUCCAGAUACUGAUCAUCAUACUGUUACUCUCACUCCUGUUUCAAUAGUUACACAGGAAAUAUCUUAGUUUUUAUUUUGAACCAUUUGACCUCGUUUGAUAAAACUCGUCAACGUGGACGCACUCGUACAGACUCUUCGUUAUCGUAGCGUCAUGAUUCAGUGGACGAUCUGUUGACUCAUCUCGCAGCUCUAAUGGCGUCACACGAAAAACUAGAUCCACGCCGGGAGCAACAAACUUGAAAAGCCUCAUCUCAGUUUGUUUGACGCUGCAGAAGCUGAUCUGUGCCGGAGCCCCUGCAGCGUCAGAGCAGCUGUGAUGCCCCCUUGUGUUCAUCUACGGAAACCCAGAGUGUUCAAAAUGAAAGUUAGAAUAUUGAUAAAGAUAAAUGUGAUAAACUGUAGUGACAUGUUCA